AUGGCCACUCAGACACCCUCCAAGAAGGUCGCCGAGGACCUCAACGACCUCGUGCUCAAGACCCCCAACAAGAAGCUGUUCAAGGACUCUGUUGCCGACUCCAAGGAGGACGAUCUCGAGUCCUCCCCUGCCGUCCAGGUCGAGGAGAAGAAGGAGUUUGUCAAGGCCAACAUCAUCGAGGGCGACCACAAGAGCGUUCGACGACGACUGCGAGAGUCUGAGAAGGACGAGCCUCUGCUCAAGGAGAACCAUCGACGGUUUGUGCUCUUCCCCAUCCAGUACCACGAAAUCUGGCAGAUGUACAAGAAGGCCGAGGCCUCUUUCUGGACAGCUGAGGAGAUUGAUCUUGGAAAGGACAUGGGUGACUGGGAGAACAGACUCAACAACGAUGAGCGGUUCUUCAUCUCCCACGUUCUCGCAUUCUUUGCUGCCUCCGACGGUAUCGUUAACGAGAACCUGGUUGAGCGAUUCUCCGGCGAGGUGCAGGCCCCCGAGGCCAAGUGCUUCUACGGCUUCCAGAUCAUGAUGGAGAACAUCCACUCCGAGACCUACUCGCUGCUGAUCGACACAUACAUCAAGGACCCCAAAGAGCGAACCUACCUGUUCAACGCCAUCGAGACCAUCCCCUGCAUCAAGAAAAAGGCCGACUGGGCCCUCAAGUGGAUCUCCGACGAAGAGUCCACCUUUGGAGAGCGACUCAUUGCCUUUGCCGCCGUCGAGGGCAUCUUCUUCUCCGGCUCUUUCGCCUCCAUCUUCUGGCUCAAGAAGCGAGGUCUCAUGCCUGGCCUCACCUUCUCCAACGAGCUCAUCUCCCGAGACGAGGGUCUGCACACUGACUUUGCCUGCCUGCUUUUCUCGCACCUUGAGAACCGACCCUCAAAGAAGAUUGUUGAGGACGUCAUUGUCGAGGCUGUUGGCAUCGAGCAGGAGUUCCUUACUGACGCUCUGCCCUGUGGUCUGCUUGGUAUGAACGCCAAGCUGAUGUGCCAGUACAUCGAGUUUGUCGCUGACCGUCUGCUAGUUGCUCUCGGUAACUCCAAGGUGUAUAACUCCACCAACCCCUUCGACUUCAUGGAGAACAUCUCUCUGGCCGGCAAGACCAACUUUUUCGAGAAGCGAGUGUCCGACUACCAGAAGGCCGGUGUCAUGGCCAACUCCAACCAAGAGGAGAAGUCCAACUCCAACGGCUUCAGUCUCGACGAGGACUUCUAA